AGGUGGCGGGUAGCGAGGCCUAGCCUAGGUGCCGUUGCGUGCCACCUACUACAACAUCCUCCACGCCCUCGCUUUUCUGCUCCGGGACCGAAGCACGGGUCGGCGAAAACAAGUACACACGCAUCGCACGGCCAGGCCCCAGACUGACCUGACCGGAGCUCGGGACGGAGGAGCGAGCCAGCGAGCGAGUGGCGACGCCAUUGUGGUGGCGGGGCGGCCGCGGGAGGUGGGGAGAGGAGGAGGAUGGGCGGCGGCAGCCUGGCCAUCGUGGAGAAGAAGCCGCCUUUCGGGGGCGGGGGCGCGGGGGGCUGCGCCGGCGGCGUGCUCUUCCACCUCCUCGACUGGCACCGCCGGCUCGCGCGCAAGCGACGCCUUUUCUCCCCGCGCCGCCUGCUCCCCUCCGCCGCCCGCAGCUCCUCGCUCCGCAGGCUCCCGCCGCCGCCGCCCUCUCCGUCGGCCCCGCAGCUUCCUCGUCCAGCGCAGAGCGCCGGGGCCGGACCAGAUGGGAAAGCUCCUGCUGCCCCUCCCGGCGUCGUCGCGCGCCUCAUGGGCCUCGAGUCCUGGCCAGCCGCGCCGCCCAGGCCGCAGAAGCAGAGGAAGGUGGAGGCGACGGCGUCGGCGGGGGGAGACAACGAGCCGGCGCCGGUGGUCGUGAUGCUGCCACCGAGCCGGCGCCCGCCCGCUCCCGGGUCGCCCACGCACGCCACCCGGAGCCACCACAGCGCCGACCUGCCGGCGAGGAGCCCGAGGCGGACUCGCCUCGUGCACGCCGCCGCGUCGAGGCUGCUGGAGCCGGGGGCGCGCGGGAGCUCGAAGGCGAGCGCCCGGCUGCAGGCCAUGGCGUACGCCUGCUCCUCGCCGCAGCACCGCGGCCACCCCGGCGCCCCGCAGCAGAGCUGGGGCACGCUCGAGAUCGACGACUUCCUGUCUCGCUCCGACAGCCUGUCGUUAGAGCGUCGGGCACCUCCUCCUCCUCCUCCUCCGGCGGAUACAGACCAACGGGGCAAUGCCGUCAGUUCCCGCUGGCAGGAGGCAGACCCCGUCAACACCAUGAGCGGCACUGCUGCUGCAGGCUCAGUGACAAGCACUAGUCAUACUAUUGUGGUACCAAGAGUGGAUUCCUACGAUGCACACAUGAGUAGAAGCAGCAGCUCUGAUGUGGAUGCAAUGCAAAGAGAUUAUAGGGCAAGAACUGGGGGAAUGGGCAGUUAUGCCGGGGUCAGAUCGAGCAAUGCCGGUGCCGGCGCAAGAACCGGAGAACAGAGGCUGUCGCGCAAACGGGGCGCCUUGUCUAGGCCAGAUGUUCCAAGGAGUGCUGGGUCUGGGAACUUGGCUAGUUCAACGCGUUCGAUCGGCAAUGCUCGUGAAUCGGCACCUGCUAGUAGUAGGAGAGCAGCACACAAUUCUGGUAGUAGUAGUAUGAGGGCACCACACAAUUCUGGUCUGAGGAGGGAGUCGAUGAGUUCGACCACCCCACAAAGAAGCACACUAAGAGACGUGAUCGACCGAAAUGGGUCGGCGUCCACAAGUAGGGAUACAAGCAAUGCAUCUGGGCAGAGGAGAGGAUCACGCAAGAAAAUCGACCAUAGCAUCGCAGCCAGUAACAGAGGAGGUCGUAACACAAUUGCAUUUUCCUCUAGUUCAUCUGCGAGACCGGUUUCCAGGGCUUCGUCAAACGGCAAAGUUUCAGAGAACAGAGGGCUCCGAAGCACACAAGCCGAUACCGGUUGUGCAAGAAUGCCGGUGGUAGAUGCCAAAUGUUCGGAAGCCGAACCUUGUGCCAUGGGUUCCACAUCUGAGAAAGAGGAGUUUAGGAGGCUGUUGAAAGCAAAGGUCAAUGAGCUUGGUCUGUCAGAUAGGGUCGAACCAAGUGAUGGUCAUUCGGCAAACUUGACUGUGUCGGUGCUCCAAGAGCUCAUUUCUGCCCUUACCAAUGACACAAACACCUCAGCAUCCCAAACUAGUAACUAUUCGGAUUCAUCAGCUCCUCUGAAUAAUGCUGAGACUGUAUACAAUUCCAAUGUUCAAUCACCUGACUUUCACAAGCGUUAUCAGUUCCAGGAUGACCAAGGGGCUGAUUCUUCUGCUACAUGCACAAAUGAUGAGCCCAAUCAGCCGAGCCCAACAUCAGUCCUCGAAGCAUGCUUCUCAAAUGAUGCUUCCUCUGUUGGAAGUCCAACUGAAAAUAUCGAGAGUACAGAAUUCUUUGUUUCAAUGGAGAACAAAAUGGAAGAUCUCUUCAAUCUUGAGUCUGACAUUGUGGAUCUGUCCAUGUCCAUCGACACAACAAAGAGUGACGAUCGCGGCGGCAGUGCUGAAAUACCAUAUGUUCAGAGUUCUCCAGAGCAUGAUUUCGCCUUCUUAGAAGGCAGGCUCCACAGCAUAGGGGAGGCCAUUGCAAAUGCUGAGCUGCUCUUGGACAGUAGCCUCUUUUGUGGGUCAUCGUCUAGUCUGUCACUCCAUUCCUUCAUCGUCGAGAUGCUGGAAACCGUCGAGGCCGUCUUCGGCGAUGGAUCAGAGAGCAGCCUUGGUUUCAAGGAGGAAAACAAGUGCCAACGCACCAACUUCCUGUUUGACUGCAUCGUCGAGUCGCUGGACUCGAAGUUCCGUGAUUUCGGCAAAUGCGGGUACAAGGCUUUGUUGCGAACACCUCUCACCCUGAGCAAGGACCUGCUGAAGAGGGAGAUAUCUGAAGAGAUCGGCAGCUGGAGCGAGAUGUCGUCGGACCGGGCCACCGCGGAGAAGGAGCUGGAGCAGGUUGUGGCAGCAAGGUGGGACCCGUGCCGGACCGAGGCGUUCGACAUCAGCGUUGCCAUCGAGGGCGACAUACUCGAGGCCAUCGUCGGCGAGUUCGCCUUCGACCAAUGCUGCCGCUGAAGGUGUGCAAGUGUACUGGCUGGCAUGACAUUGGCCACUUUACAAGUAAACACUCUGCAGAUAUGUACUGUGUUUUCUCCGUGGAAGGUUUUGUACAGCGUCAUGUAGUAAUAUAUGGACGCCCCCACCCCUGGUUAUUUUCCCUUUUGUGUAGUACUGCUGCUAAAAGUUCAUGCACCGUUUUCUUUUCUUUUACCCUCGGGAGGCAUUUGCUGCCCUUUUCACUGAAUAAUGCAAGGUUCUUUUAUGCUACAGUUGUAGUGCAUAUUAUUUCCUCUUGA